AUGUCGUGGUGUAUAAAACAUCCUGAAUAUUCAAAAGAAAAUGAUAGGAUCAACUCGUACAUACACGCCCGAACGAGAAGUUUUGUUAGCGAAUGCAGAAUCGAACUCGCUGAAGCAGGAUUCUUCUACGCAGGAAAAAAGGACCAAACGAUUUGUUUUUACUGCGGUGGUGGACUACACCAUUGGCAAGAUAUCGAUGAUCCUUGGGAAGAACACGCGAAAUGGUUUCCCAAGUGUCCGUUCGUAUUGGUACACAAAGGACAAGAUUUCGUCAACGAAAUGAGAUCCAGAACCGAAAGAAACGCCCUACAAAAGAAAAGGAUUCCAACAAACAACAUUGCUGUACCCCCACCGAUAGAAGAAUCAAACAUCGAGUUUGGCUUCAGUGAAUUGGAUGCAGCAAUGAGGACACCUCCACCACUAGACUUGCUGGAGGUUGAUGGUGAUCGGUCAUUCCUAAAGACUGAGUAG